AUGGAGAAAACAUUGACGGACUUCUUUUCUGCUGUGAACCGCAACGACGUAGACGGUGCCCUCUCCCAUUGUGCUGAUGAUGUGCAAUGUAUCUAUCCCGAUCCUGGGCGCAACUGGCAAGGCAAGGAGCGAGGGAGAGUCGUGAUGAUGGCCAUCUUUGGGCAACUAGCCGGAAUCCAAAAGACAGCGACAUUUGAAGUGGUCAGCGUUGAUGAAGAUCAGCGCCAGAUAAAGACACGAGAGAAGUGGGGGCAUCCUCAUAUCACGAGUAAAACAACCUACACAUUUACACAAGACGACAAGAUAUUGAAAAUGGAAUCUUAG